ACGCUUCGAAGGCAUGUGACAAGAAACCUCAGCGAGCGUUUCCUCUGGGGUCCAUUCACAAUUUCACAUUUCACGUUUCACAUUCAUCAAUUCAUAUUCAUUCAUGGUCCUUCUACAACCUCCUUAAUUUCAUGCUCUUCUUCUUCUACCUUUUCCUCACGCAUCACCGUUUCUUUUCUUGUUUCUGUCUACGUGUGGUGUCCCAAUACACAAUAGAACAACAAACAAUAAACACACACACAAACAUAACUCUCUUUAUUUCUCUCUCUCUUUUGCUGAGGUAAUUACUGAAAUCCGUGCCUGCUGCUUUCACCCUUUUGUGCCAAAGUUUGCAAUUUUUUUUCUAUUAUAUUGUGCCUCUGCUCUGCUUGCCACCAAAGCUUUCAAAUUUCCUCUUCUGGGUCUUUCUCUUUUGCCUCUGGGAAAUGGCUAAUUGCAGAAAACAACAAGGAGAGGGUCAUCAUCAAGUGGGUCACUGGCGAUCCUCCUACAACAGGAAGCCACCCUUGGGAAAUAAGUGGCAUUCAACAGUGCCUGCCUGGGAAAGGAAAUUCUGCACUUCAAUUGGCUCAGUUCCAUGGCGAAAGCUAGUAGAAAGCAAGAAGUAUAUGCACCUGUUUGAACAUGUGGUGAACUGGGAUGACUCUGCCGGCAAAGAGGCAUUUGACAAUGCAAAAACAAGGUAUUGGGCUGAGAUCAACGGUGUUCCCUGCAACAUUUCGCCACCUGAUCCCAACAUUUUCAUCGAUGAAGUAGAUUGGAAUGCAACUGUUGACCCUCAACUUAUUCUAGACGUGGAAACAGAAUUAGCAAAGGUCCCCAAUGAGGAACUAAGGAAGAACGAUCAUGAGAUUGUGAUGAUUGGUGGCGCUCUCUUCUUGAACGAGCAAAAGCUUCCAUGUACUGGAUGGGACGAUGAUUAUGCUGCCGAAGGACCAAAGCCUUUUGAUCCAAAUUCUGCUGUCCAAGGCUGGGGGGAAAAUCUGCAAGAACACAAUGGAGUAGAAUCUGGGAAACUGAAUCAUGCUCCUGCUGAACAUGCAGGUGAACAUGUUGCUCCUGCUGAACCUGCAAAAGAAGAUUUUUCUCUUGCUGAACCUGCAAAAGAAGAUUUUUCUCUUGCUGAACAUGCAAAAGGGCAUGAAUGGCAAGAUUGGAGGAAUGAUUCUUGGGGUUGGAAUCAAAGGGAGAACUAUGGUGGUGGUGGUGGUGGUGACUUGCACAAAAUGGGAAGAGGGAGAAAUGGUGGAGGAGGGUAUGGUAAUUGGGGAACAUGGGAUGGUUAUAACAGAAGGAGAGAAAACAACAUGUCAUGGUCUAAGACCCCUUCUGCAUAUAAUGGUAACAAUGAGUAUCAUGUGAAUAACAAUAGGGGAAGAAGAAAUUAUAGAGGAGGAGGAAGAAGGGGCAAUUUUGUUUAUGUGCCUAAGGAGGUGCCUCCUACUCCUACUCAUGCUGGAUGGUAAAUGAUACAACAAAGGCUAAGUGUCAAAGACCGUAGACCGAGACUGCGACAAGGGGACCCCAAUGAAACUGCUGAGGUGGCUGAAGAUAUAUAAAUUUUGUUAUCUGGUAAAAAAAACAUGCAAGAUAUGGUAGCUUAUAAGAAGACAAAGACAGCAUUUUAUAUUCUAAUACAUUUGUAUGGAAGGUUUAUGGUAUAUUUGGGAUUUUAUAGUUUAAGAAUAGGUUUAUGGUAUAUUUGGGAUUAAUAGGUUUAUGGUAUAUUCUAGUACCUGCCGUGGUGAUAGGUUUAUGUAUAUUCAGAGAAAAUAUGCAUAGACAAUUUUAAAUGAAGCUAAAUUGUUCAUUCUUGUCUCCUU